GUUUCUCCUUUGACGCGUCCAGUGCACAUCCCAUGGAAAAGUUUCCGGUGAAUUCUGGAAACAUUCCACCACCACCAUCACAUUCAACCAAUGUGCCAUUGAAACAUGGCCCACUUGCCAAUUUACAGAUAAACCGUGCUUCAAACGUGCCAGUCAAUAAUGGCAAUCGUCGUAGACGGAAAGAACCUAAUGACACCCCUCCUAUGCUCAAGUUAGAGCGCAUUAUCGGCCUCACCUCCAACACCAGUAACAUGAUAGCAUCAGACCCAACGUCGGAUCAAAUUGCAUAUGCUGCCGGCGCUGUGAUCAUCCUCUACAACUACCGUAAAAACAAGCAGGUUUCAUUUCUAUACCCCCCACCUUCCGUCACCAACGCUGUAGCUAUGGGCACACUGCAGCCUACCACUAGCAUGAUGCCAACCUUGCCAGCUUGGUCCACGACAGCUCAUCCAUCAGCAGCCGAAUGGGCCUCCCCUAACAUGUUGGGCAACGAGAUGAAAUAUCCUGUGCAGGACACGGAUGAAAAUAAUGGAAAGAAGCGAACUUCGGCAGGGUCACGCCCGAAAACAAUUGGUUGCCUCGCAUUUUCUACUGAUGGCAAUUACCUGGCAGCUGGCGAGGUUGGCCACCAGCCAAGAAUAUUUGUGUGGAAUGUUAAGCAGGAAACCCUUGUAUGCGUGUUGAAGGGUCACAAAUUUGGCAUCGUAUCGGUUGCGUUUUCUUCUGACAUGCGGCAUUUAGCAUCUGUUGGCUUUCAGCACGAUGGAUAUUUGAAUGUUUGGAAUUGGCGAAAAGGUACGAAAGUAGCGUCAAACAGGGUCACUAGCCGCGUGCAUGCAAUGGCAUUUGCAAAAGAUGGCACUCACUUCAUCACUGCGGGCUUGCGACAUAUAAAGUUUUGGAACUUGAGCUCAGCGGGAAAGACCGCGCUACAGAAUAAUUUUCCACCUGGUGAAACUCAAGUGUUGGAUGGGCGCUCAGGCUUGUUGGGAUCACUGAGGAACAACAAUUUUGUGGAUGCUGCAUAUGAUCCUGAAAAUCCUGGUACAGCAUAUCUUUUAUCUGAAACCGGGCUGCUCUGUAUGUUCAAAGAAGAACGGAUUCUGGAUAAAUGGGUGGAUUUACAGGUCAAAACUGCUUUUUCCAUCGACAUCAGCAAUAGGUAUAUCGUGUGUGCUUGUGAUAACGGUAUUGUAAGGUUGUUUGAACCUGGCACUCUACGGUAUUGUGGUAUGCUUCCGAGGCCACAUCCUCUAGGGGUGGACUUGUCAAGCUUUGUGACCGUUCAGCAACUGGAAUCCAUCAGAGACACAGCCGUAUAUCCGGACACUCUAGCCAUUAAAUUCGAUGCGUCUUCCAAUAAGGUCACCUGUAUAUACUCUGAUAGAAGUCUAAUUAUUUGGGAUGUGAAGCAUCUGCAAAGGAUAGCGAUGUAUCGGAGCUUUAUCUCUCACAGUGAAUGUGUAUGGGGAUCAGAGCGAUUUCCAAAGCCAUCGAAUGUCACUGACCGCGCUGCAUACCAACCGUUUACCAAUGCAACCUUGCCACCCUAUACCUUUGCCACGCAUUCAGCUGAUGGGACUGUUCGCUUUUGGAACAUUGAUAGCGGCCUGCCGACAAGUGAUCUUACCAUGUCUCCAGGCUCAACCUCUCCAACUUCUCCUUCAGCAUCCUAUCCCUCACUCGUCAGUCCUCCACUGUCUCUUGUAGCUUCAGCAUCAAUGAAAAGUACAUUUCCAUCGCCAAAUGAGGAUCUUCAGAUAUCUAUGCGCAGAAAUAUUUUUUCCAAAGAGCUAGUCAAAAUGCUUUACCUGGAUCCGGAAGCUGCAGAGUUCUCCAAAAACAACAAGGAUAUAGAAACGACAGAACUGCCUGAUCAUGGCAUUAGAGCGCUAAAAAUUAGUUCCGAUGGAAGUUUGCUAGCAACUGGUGAUCGAAAAGGAAACUUGCGUGUUCACCGGAUUCACGGCUGGCAAGAAGUUACUUACUUGGAAGCUCAUGACUCUGAGAUAUUGACGAUAGAUUUUAGUACACCAGCAUCUAAUGAUCAGCCGUUUUUGGUUGCUUCUGCAAGUAGGGACAGGCUCAUACAUGUGUUUGACAUCCAGAGAGACUUUAAACUAGUCCAGACAAUGGACGACCACUCUUCGUCCAUUACCGCAGUAAAGUUCUCGUCUAACGGCACCAAGCUUAUCAGCUGCUCGGCUGAUAAAAGUGUCAUAUUUCGCUCAUCCAACACCAACACUCUGCAACAAACACCCCUAUAUACCAGCUAUCACAAUCAUUCAGGACGAGCAACAGUAUUUGACAUGGAGCUGGAUCUGCAUGACAAGUACUUAGUGAUGGUCACUGGAGAAAGACGCCUCAACUUGCUCAGUUUGGAGACAGGAAAACUUUUCCGUACUUGCAAGCCGGAAACUUUGGAGGAAGAUGCAAGUGGGAUGACGGUUGAAAAUUCUGGAGGGAGUUUAAUUGACGUCGAUAUAGAUUCCAUUUCUGGGACAUUUGCAGUUACCGCUGGCUCGGACAAGUGCGUGCGAUUGUUCGACCUUAUGAGUGGUGUAUGUGUAUAUAAAGUAGCAGCCCAUUCCGAACUAGUUACGUCGGUUCGAUUUCUAGAUGGACCAAACGACAUUCUCCGAAUUGUCAGUACUUCGUCGGAUGGGUCAAUCUUUGUAUGGCGAGUUGAGCCAGAAAUAACAAAGAAAAUGGUGCAGCGCUCGAAGGAUAGAAAUGAUCGACUCAAGCAAACGAAACCGGAGGUAACAACUGAAGCUGCACAAUCACGAGCUACCACACCAUCAUCACCCCAACCACUUAAGCAAGCUCCAACACGCCUGCGUCGAACUUCAGCUGUACCGCCAUCACAAUUUGGCAAUCAAAACGUCAGAACAGAGCGCAAAUCGUUUUCCCAUGUGUCUAAAUCUGAAAACAAGUAUGAUGACUUGUACAAGAAAUUGGAGAAGACUCCACCACCAAGAAUACAGACAGACACCCCGCCAUCCCCAGUUUUAGCUGCUCGUCUCAAAGGUAGAAUUAGUAGUCCGUCGCCAAGAGAUGCAAAUGCGAAGGGUAUGUCAAGUAGUGUUUCGACACCUCGCCUUAUCACUGCAGAAGCCGGCGCGCAGAAUAAUCAGUGGCGAGGAAACUUUAUGUCGCGAAAGAAGGAAUCCAGUGGAUCAGCGACUGGCCAAAUUCCAGAAGGCAAAACAGAUAAUGGAAUAUCAUCGUUGUUUCCACACCGUCAGCCAAGGAACUCUCCAAGGUUACGGCAUCGAAUAUCGCAUGAUGUUCUUAUACAGGACCGAAGGGGCUCGAAUGUUUCAGUCGAAGAUGGUGCAAGCACAUCUCCUCAGCGGCAAUCGCAUGCAAGCUCAAAUAGAGCUAUAGCACAUCGUCGAAGUAAUAGUUCAGCACGACUAAGCGGCCUGGAAGCGGACGAACUUGUCGCUGGAUCAACAAGUAUGCCCGACUUACAUGCUAUUGCAAUGGGCCGCGCUGGAAAGUUUACAAAUGAGGUGACCGCAGAGCCAGAUAGUUCAGUAGACUCAGAUACAGAGAAGGACAGCUUAUAUGAUGAUGUAUCUCAAAACGACACACCUAUUAGCGCAGAUGGAGAUGAUGAUCCGGAAACGGUAGAAGAAGACGUUAUGGUAUAUCUUACUCCAGUUGUUGAUACAGCCGAUCCGCAGCCAUUCCAGGUGGAGAAAGCGGAGCAAGGCAACCUAGAUGAAGCGGAUGGGGAAUGCAACGAUAGAGACGAUGACGAUGCCCAGACAUUGCAUUCCGACACAGAUCUGUCGUCUGCUCCGUCUCAAACUUUCACCGCAGACGAUAGCGAUAGUUCUAGCGAGGAUAAUGCGGAGGAAGCAUUGAUGGAGUCGAUUGCCAUGCGAAAUCCUCCACCAAUGUCUACGCUAAGGAAAGCUUCUUUGAAAAAGUCCGGUCGCAUGAGUCUACGAAGUAUCGUAAAGAGCUUCAAUACGGUGAAACCGGCAUCUGAAUCGUCUCCUCCUCCUCAAAGCAAUCACAAUCGAGGCGAAUCGUUCUCCAACUUCAAGCGCAAAAUGGAACAGGCGAAGAAGAGACUCAGUUUUAGUACUCGUUAUCUUUCAAAUCUCAACCCUCAAUCCCCACUCACCGAUAACAUCAAGAUAGAAGAUGGGGCCAAUAUAAGAAGUAUGAGCAUGCCCAUUGCACCACAAUCCUUUGCAAAAGCUGCUUCAGAAGGUGCAAGUCGCGAAACUGCUUCAACCCCCAUCUCGAUCAUGCUUACAUCAGAGGAAUUGGCCGCCAUCAACAGCGUACAGACCGUUUCUGACCUAGACAUCACGUCGCAACAUUCAUUCACAGCAGACCCUGACAUGCAAUCACCCAACGAAUCCAUACAUAUACCCCCUGCCACACAUGCAUUUGAUCAUGCAAGCAUGCUCUCAGAGAUAGCAGCAAUUGGAGAUCGAUUAGAGUUCUUGCUCAAUAUGUGUGAGGUCACCGAUGCCAAAAAUGCACCUGUUAUGCAAGAAGACGUAGGCAAACAGCUGAAGACUAAAUUGGAGCAUGUUCAAAAAUCUGCUAGUAGGAUCUUGGAGGACGUCUUCAGUGCACCCCCAACUGAGAGCGCAGCAAGUACGAACAGUGCUGAGACAACAGCGCUGUUAAGUGAAUAUUCUGAAAAGCUCCUCAAGAUGUUUGAGCGCAAACUUGAUUCAAAACAGCAACCUCAUUGAAUCUUAUACCCACUGACCACAUGUUACAUUUUUUUGUUAUAUGGGAUUCUGUCACCCUCAAUCACCUG